UGAUUGGGAACACCUAUAAAGCCGGGUGUUAGUCCAGGUAAAAUGGCAACACUGAAGACUGGCAACGAUGGAUCGGAUUAUCCUCUUGUGCCUGGUUUCUAGCUGGCUGUCUGCUGUACAUGCUCAGAAAUUCUUGAUCAGCCCAAAAUGGGUUCCCAGGGGCUUCAAAGAGCGUGAAGAACGUGGGGAUGGGACUGCAAUGGAUGAAAUCAUUAAAGCAAAUGAGUUCCAUUCUACUCGAAUCAUAGAUGGUUCUACCAGCCUCAGAGAGGGAGACAUCGCUGUUUCUGCUGGAAGGCGCUCCAAAACCUGCUUUGCAAGGAGCUGCCUCUGGUCUAAGUCAGUGGAUGGACAUGUCUACAUUGCAUAUAAUCUCUCACCUGAAUACAGUGAAAUGGAGGAAAAGGUCAUAAAGAAAGGGAUGGAAACCAUAGAGAAAGGUACCUGUGUGAGGUUUGUUCCCCGGACCCACCAGCGAGACUACAUCGACAUCCAGCCAAAGUCAGGGUGUUGGUCCUACCUCGGUGCACGUGGUGGAAGACAGACCGUUUCUCUGCAGGCCCCUGACUGCCUCCGGACCGGAGUGAUCGCCCAUGAAUUCAUGCACGCCCUGGGCUUUGUGCAUGAGCAGUCCCGCUUUGACCGGGACAACUAUGUCACCAUCAUGUGGCCAAACAUUUGGAGGGAUCGUUUGAGGAACUUUGAGAAAUUCAAGACUGACAGCAUGAACCUGCCCUAUGACUACGGAUCAAUCAUGCACUUUGGGAUGUAUGCUUACUCACAGGAUGGGGAGCCAACCAUUAUUCCUAAGAACAGCCAGAAUAUAAAGCUGGGCCAGGCAUUGACUCUCAGCCACAUCGACAAGAUGAAAAUCAACAGGCUCUAUAAGUGUGGUGACAAAGACGAUUACUAACCGAACUGAACUGAGGGGAAAACAGGAGUGUACUGAAAGCUUAUAUAAUAAACAUAUAUUUAAUCAUGAAAACAAUUUCAAUAAAGAUUGAUUCAAGCUUUC